ACUCGUUAGUGGUGGUGAUUAACAAUGAAUUGAUGUCCACCUGUGAUUGACCAAAAGGCUACUUUGGUCAGAAAAUUACUAUUUUUAUAAUAACUAUGUAGAAUGUUUCAGAAACAAAUUUCUCAUAAACCAGAAACAAAUAUGAUCUCCAUUGAUACUAUUAUCUAAUAGAAGAAGAAGCUGAAGAACAAUUAUAUUCAGAGGUACUUGUUAACUGAGUCUCCCCUGCUUGUAACACAUCUAAUGGCUCAUGAUGAUUCAACAAACACAGUGUCCACUGCUUUGUUAGAACCUUCUUCCCAACCAAAUAAAGUAGGUUCGGUCAAGAGAAGAAUACGGCGGUGCGCAAGUGCCCCUAUUGACUUCAUUCCUCAAGAAAAGGAUGAUUGCGCAGUUCCUCGUAACCAAUAUAUUUUCUUUAAUGUACACCCUAGUUUUAGACAGGUAUCGUUGAUUCUUGCUCUGUAUCUUGGCAUAGGAGCCAUUUGCUUCUGCCUAGUCAAAGAUCAAAUCAAAGGUCAGAAAACAAAUGAGAUCCUUGACGCCAUAUAUUUUUGCAUUGUAACAAUGACCACAGUUGGAUAUGGAGAUCUUGUUCCAGAUAGCGUUACCUCAAAAUUACUGGCCUGUGCCUUUGUCUUCAUAGGAAUGGCAAUUAUUGGGUUUUUUCUUAGCAAGUCAGCAGACUUCCUUGUAGAGAAGCAGGAGGCAUUGUUGGUUAAAUGCUUACACUUGAAUAAAAAAGUUGGUGCACUUGAGCUUAUGAAGGAACUAGAAACUAACAGAGUAAAAUACAAGUUCUUUAUAAAUUUAGGACUACUUUUGUUGCUUAUUGCCGUUGGUACGGUUUUCUUGAUAAGAGUUGAGAAAUUAAGCUUCGUUGAUGCCUUCUAUUGUGUCUGUGCCACCAUAACAACUUUAGGUUACGGUGACAAGAGCUUCUCAACCAAAGUAGGACGUAUUUUUGCCAUCUUCUGGAUAUUGACUAGCACCAUCUGUUUGGGUUUGUUUUUCCUCCACCUUGCCGAACUGACUAGUGAGCGUAAGCAACGGUCGAUAAUCAAAUGGGUCCUUACACGAAAGAUGACUCAUGUCGAUCUCGAGGCAGCAGACUUUGAUGAUGAUGGGGUCGUGAGUGCUACGGAAUUCAUUCUAUAUAAGCUUAAAGAGAUGGGGAAAGUACAGCAGGAAGAUAUUGUGCUUCUGAUGAAGGAAUUUGAGAAUCUUGAUGUUGAUCAAUCUGGAACGAUUUCAACAUCUGAUAUAACACUUGCAUAUAUGGAGGGCAACUGACACAUGCCAUCCGAUUUUGAUUUUGAAUGUUGAUAAUUUCUGAACUGAGUUUGGGUGUACAAUAGUGACAUUGGCGAGAUAUCCUUCUUUCUUCUUGGGCAGAAAAGAAUUGUGUUGUUCUCAUCUGAUUCAAGAAGAUGACUUCAUUCCAAAUAAUAAAGAAAGAGAAAAAAUGGAGGAGAUCUUCUGAACUGCUUGUAAAUUGUGAAAUGCUUGUAAAUUGUUUCAUGGAAUAAAUCCAGGUUUGUUCAUUUUUGGAAACGCUAAAUGCGAGGUUAUCAAAUACAUAUUUGUGUAAGAUGUGCAUUUCUUUGAAUUAAUUACCUGUUGAUAAA